UACGUAUUAAACGUACUACGUUAGUCAAAUUUAAUACGUAUUAAUUCUACGUAAGGAGUUACAUACGUGUUACGCGGUUUAUAUGUAUUCUAUGAGAAUGGAAUGUGACCAAUAAAGAAACAAUUUACGUUUCUUGCCAAAAGUAAUUCGAAUGAAUGUCAACAACGAAAUGCGGAAGAGAAUCUUCGAAAUAAACAUUCGUAAUGAAUUUUCGAGGAGACACGAAGGAAAGGUAUAUGCGGAAUGAGAAAGACGAAGAAGAACGGAGAGAGAGAGAGAGAGAGAGAGAGAGAGAGAGAGAGAGAGAGAGAGCGAAUAGUGUAGUGGUGGGGGAAGAAGACAGAAGAACGUCGCCGCGGACGUUGGACACGUGACCCGAUCAGCAGAAUCCGCGGCGUCCGCCGAAAAUCUAAAUUCGUCGUCUGAGCCGAGGAGAAAAGUCGUCUCCUCUUCGGGUCUCGGGGCACCCAUGGCACAGCAGACAGCCAUAUUACACACAGACACAUACAUACACACGCGCGUGUGUACACACAUAUAUAUAUAUAUAUAUGUAUGUAUGUAGACAUAUAUAAAGGAAAGUGAACGAAGAGAGGAGGAAACACGAUGAUACGCGUCGAUGAAACGGAUCCCGUAGGCGAAUUGGAACCUAGCUUCCCGUACAGGGACGUUAGGAUACGUCGCGGAGUGGAAUUUAAUGAUCAAUACGACAUCCAAUCAGAAAUUGGCCGGGGAAAAUUUGGCACGGUAUAUCGGUGCAAGGAAAAGGAGACCGGUUUAUCUCUGGCCGCCAAAGUGGUUAACGUAUCCAAAAAGGAAGAUCGUCGAUCGGUCGAAAGGGAAGUUGAUAUUAUGAGAAGAUUACAGCAUCCACGACUUAUUCAACUUUAUGAUGCCAUCGACACCAGAAAACAGAUAUACGUUAUUUUGGAACUAAUCGAAGGUGGCGAGCUAUUUGAAAGAGUGAUCGACGAUGAUUUUUUAUUGACCGAACGUAGCUGUGCCGUUUUCAUGCGACAAAUUUGCGAGGGCAUUGAAUUCAUACACGCUCAAAAGAUUUUGCAUCUCGACUUGAAGCCAGAGAAUAUACUCUGUUUGACGAAGGAAGGUAACAGAAUAAAAAUCAUCGAUUUCGGAUUGGCCAGGGAUUAUGAUCCAAACAAGAAACUUCAAGUAUUGUUUGGUACGCCAGAAUUUGUCGCACCGGAGGUCGUCAAUUUCGAUCAAAUUGGAUUCGGCACGGAUAUGUGGAGCAUUGGCGUCAUUUGUUACGUACUAUUAUCCGGCCUGUCGCCAUUUAUGGGUGAUACCGAUAUCGAAACUAUGGCAAACGUAACCAUCGCCAAAUACGAUUUCGAUCAUGAGGCAUUUACUGACAUAUCCGAAGAUGCUAAGGACUUCAUCAGAUGUUUGCUGAUAAAAGAUAAAGAAAAACGAGCUUCAGCAUCGCAAUGUCGUGAACAUCGUUGGUUGGCCAUAAACAAGAAGAACAAUCCUCUAAUCAACCUGGAUAAAAACAACGACAUAGAUCUAACGAAAUCAAAUAAAAUUGAAUUAGAUUCUACCGUAUUAAUUGAUUCGAUCAAAUUAUGUACUAAGGCCAAUGGAAGAUGCAACGUGAUACCUGACAACAACAACGACGAACUCGAUCUGACGAAGGAUAAUUUGAGAUUGUUCGUUGAACGUUGGAGAGAGCAUCCCGAUAGUCCAUACGUUAUCGAUAACGUUAAUAAUUUCGAAUAUUCUGAUAGAUUUCGUCGAUCAAAGGAUGAUAAUAAUAUGGACGAGACUGUAUCAUCGUUAAGGGCACAAUGUACUUCACCGAGAGAAAGUCUUUGCAGUUUUGAAUCGUCGGAAACCGAUACGAAUAAUUCACAAAACGAGGAUAAUAUACGUGGUUAUUAUUUGAACGUACCAAGUUUAGGAUUAGCUUUAGAAAGAAGAGCAUCAGAGGGUAUGGCUAUUGAUAAAUCGUCGCGUGAUCAGGCCAGUCAAAUUAUUUUAGCCGAGGAAAUAAUUAAAUUGUCCGAACAAUUGCGCAAUAUCGCUAUGGGUGGUAUAGAUACGAUCAAGGAAAGAAACAACGUUAUUACUAAAAGAAAAAAUGAUAAUUUAAUGGAAGAUCUAAAGAUUAUGUCAACGUCAACGUCUACGUCAACGUCGUCCACGUCAAAGGACAAUGAUAAAUCAUUGGAAUACGUUGGAUCAAAUUUAUUCAAAGGAAAGAAAAAUUAUUCGAAAAGAAUCAUUAAGAUUGAUAAUAAUGAAAAGAAGAUGGAGGAUUACAAUGAGAUCGCUGAAAAAUUGUCGAUUAUUAAGAAACAAAGGAAACUCAAUGGAACGACCUUUCAUAGUAAUCGUAAUUACGAUCGUUCUUCGAGUAGUAAUAAUAAUAAUAAUAAUAAUAAUAAUAAUAAUAAUAAUAAUAAUAAUAGUAAUAAUAAUGAUACGAUUGAUAAUCCAUUUGAUUCAUUCAAAAGACGAAAGUCAAGUUUGGAUAAUGUUUCGUUAUCAACUACGAUGACGACAACGACGACGACGACGACGACUACAAUGACGACGAUGAACAAUCACGAUGAAAUUAAUCGUACGAACGAUCAUGAUAAUUCUAAUGAUAGUUCCGUAAUCAAGGUCAUCGAUAAUUCAAAAUCCAUGAAAUUACAAUCAAAUAAUGAAAUUGAUUUAACGCCACCAUGGAGACGUACAAGAGUGAAACAUUCGUUCGGUGAGACUAGCAGGGAUGUACCAAGGAUAUCGAAUUUACGUGAUUUACAUAAAAGUUUGAAUCUCGACGAGCCGGCUAAUACAAAAGAUCUUUUACUUCAUUUGUUAGGCGAAUGGGAGGAAAUCGGUAAUAAAACUUCGACGUUAGGAAGAAAAUCUGUUAGUAUUGAUUGGUGCGGGGAGGAAUCAAUUGCCAGAAAAACUAUGAACUCGUUGGCGGAAUAUUUUCAAUCGAAACAACAAAAAUCAUCGGCUAAUAACGUUACUGAUAAAUCAUCGAAUCCGACGUAUCGUUGAAGAAUGAUGUAUCCUAUUUUUUUUUCUUUUUUUUUUUUUUUUUUUUUUUU